UUUUUUUGCUUAGUAGAGUAUCAUAAAUACCUUCUAAAAGAAAUCUAAAAGAUGCAUAUCCUUUACUGAAGAAUCCACGUAGUGAGGCCUAUAUAGAAUUAUCUGGAAGAAAUACAGUGCCUAGUAUCUCAACCUUCCUAAUGCUGUGACCUUUUAGUUCAGUACUCCAUGUUGUGGACCCCCCAACCAUUAAAUUAUUUUUGUUGCUACUUCAUAACUGCAAUUUUUCUGCUGUAAUGGCUUGUAAAAGUUUGACGUAGGAUCCUUGUGAAAGGACUGUCCAACCCCUAAAGCGGUUUCAACCCACAGGUUGAGAACCACUGGCCUAGAGGCUUACUGAGCCAUGUAGGUGUUGUACAGCAAUUUCCUCCUAGAUGGAAGAGUUCAUCUUAACAGAAGUUCAAUACAUAGGAUGUUCUAAAGAGAAGUAAAACAUGCCAUCCUUCUAGGAAGCUCUUAAACCAGGAAGUGAACAAGCCAAAGGCUUCAGUAAAUUCAUGUAACUAACCAGAUUCACUCCUUCCCCAAGAACAUAUAAUCAGUGAAGCUGGCUGAGAGUUGGGGCAGACAGGCUUAGCUGCCUAGGAGAGACACAGAUCACCCGAGCUCUGUGAAACAGUCUCCAACCUACUGAAUCGCCUCCUGGUUGGGUAUGUGGUUCAGGUCACCACUGGGGUGGGCUUUUGGUAGUGAUUUUUUGAGUCAUUUCUGUUCCUGUAAAUAACCCCUCACACCACAUACCUGUAAAUAUUAUUUCAAUAAAACCUGUUGGUUCACCAAGUUGCACUGUGGUGGUAGCCUUACUGGGGUUCACAUCUCUCCAGUAAUCAUGUUGUGCAGUAAGGUAGUAGUUCUCUGAAGGGAUAAAGAUCAUGUGAUGAACUAAAGUGCACAGAGCUUAGCUUGGGGAACAGCGAAGUUCUUUGAUAGAGUGUUAGGUGAACUAGACCAAAUUAGACAGUGGCUGAGGAAGGAGAAAGGGCUCCCAAGGUACAUCUACCAAGCUUUGGAAAAGCAGCAUUCUUUCAGGUAUUGAAAGCUGAGACCCCACAGCACUAGCUCUGUUUGUUUUCUGUGGGCCCACUGCACAUACCUUCGAAUUCACACCUUAGCAAAGUUAGCCUGUUGGAGGUCUUCUUAGUGCUCUGAUCUCUCAGACAUCACCCUUUCCAACACUCUUGCCCUUCUUCAGCUGCCCUGGCUUCCUCCGGCUAACAUCUCUUCUCAGCUACCCCUUCCCAUCCCCCAGCCUUCUUCAUCUCCUUAGCCUCCACUUCUCUUUAAGACACCCCCUUUCCUCAGCCUUUAUUCUGCCUUAGCGCGGUUCUCCUUCCUCAGCCCUCCGAAGUCUCCCAUCAUCUCUCAGAUAGUUUUGGGUUCCUCUGCCCUCUUCCCCUUCAGCUGUCGGUGCUGCGCUGCUCUGCGAGGCGCAGUGGGGUUUUGGAUUUGCUCCUCCCCUUCCCUACCUCCCUGCAUCCUGAGUGGCUGAGAGGAAGAGGACCAGUUGGAGUCCGCAUCCGUAAGCACUGGCUGCCGCAGGGCCCAGCAAGCAGGUGGAGCUCAGCCUCCCACGGAGCAUUGGGCGGUGGACCGCAGUGACGCGGCCUGAGACAUGGCGGCCACGCGCCUCUGAGGCCGCAGAGCCGGAGCCUCUUGCUGUGCGAGCUGCGUCUGACCAUGCAGCUUGGCUGCUGACUGCUCGGGCGCGUGGCCCGCAGGAUCCCGGCUGCGGUCAUCACCUUGCAGUCUCCAUGCUGCAGGGUGUAUUCCUCCCAUAUUCCAUGUAUUCCUCCUUAGUGCUUCCGGCCGUGUAGCAGCCGCUGCCGGCCGGGCCUCAAGGCGCUCUGCCUAUUCAUCAGGCACUUUUCCUUUCCAUUUUUUUAUUUCCAUUCCUAUUUGCUUCUUCUUUUUCCUUCUGCUUUGCGUCUAUCUUCGCCACCCCGCUAUGGCCGCAGAAGAGGCGCUGAAGACGGUAGACCACUAUAAGACUGAGAUAGAGAGACUGACCAAGGAGCUCACAGAAACGACCCACGAGAAGAUUCAGGCUGCGGAGUAUGGGCUGGUGGUGCUGGAGGAGAAACUGACUCUCAAGCAACAGUAUGACGAGCUGGAGGCCGAGUAUGACGGCCUCAAACAAGAGCUGGAGCAGCUCAAAGAGGCAUUUGGGCAGUCCUUCUCUAUCCACCGUAAAGUGGCUGAGGAUGGAGAGACUCGGGAGGAAACACUUCUUCAGGAGUCUGCAUCCAAGGAAGCUUACUAUCUAAACAAGAUCUUGGAGAUGCAGAAUGAGCUGAAGCAGAGCCGGGCUGUAGUUACAAAUGUCCAGGCAGAAAACGAGAGACUCUCGGCUGUUGUACAGGAACUGAAGGAGAACAACGAGAUGGUGGAGCUACAGAGGAUACGAAUGAAAGAUGAAAUCCGAGAAUAUAAAUUCCGGGAAGCCCGACUCCUUCAGGACUACACGGAAUUGGAAGAAGAAAACAUUACAUUGCAGAAGCUAGUGUCCACAUUAAAGCAGAACCAGGUUGAAUAUGAAGGCUUAAAGCAUGAAAUUAAGCGGUUUGAAGAAGAAACAGUAUUACUGAACAGCCAACUAGAAGAUGCCAUUCGACUGAAGGAAAUUGCAGAGCACCAGUUGGAAGAAGCCCUCGAAACACUGAAGAAUGAAAGGGAGCAAAAAAACAACCUGAGGAAGGAGCUGUCCCAGUACAUCAGCCUCAGUGACAACCACAUCAGCAUCUCAGUCGAGGGGCUCAAGUUUGCCGAGGACGGGAGUGAGCCAAACAACGAUGACAAGAUGAACGGGCAUCUCCACGGGCCUCUGGGGAAGCUGAAUGGAGACUAUCGUGCGCCCACUGCCAGGAAAGGAGAGUCCCUACACCCUGUGUCUGACUUAUUCAGUGAGUUGAACAUUUCAGAAAUUCAAAAACUGAAGCAGCAGCUUAUUCAGGUAGAGCGGGAAAAAGCGAUUCUUCUGGCCAACCUCCAGGAGUCACAAACCCAGCUAGAACACACCAAGGGGGCACUGACAGAGCAGCAUGAACGAGUUCACCGGCUCACAGAACAUGUCAAUGCUAUGAGGGGUUUGCAAAACAGUAAAGAGCUCAAGGCUGAGCUAGAUUGUGAGAAGGGCCGGAACUCAGCGGAGGAAGCCCACGACUAUGAGGUAGACAUCAAUGGCUUAGAGAUCCUUGAGUGUAAAUAUAGAGUGGCUGUCACGGAAGUCAUUGAUUUGAAAGCAGAAAUUAAGGCCUUAAAGGAAAAAUAUAACAAAUCUGUAGAAAAUUAUACAGAAGAAAAGACCAAAUAUGAGAGUAAGAUCCAAAUGUAUGAUGAGCAAGUGACAAACCUUGAGAAGACAUCUAAGGAGAGUGGUGAGAAGAUGGCCCACAUGGAGAAGGAGUUGCAAAAGAUGACUGGCAUAGCCAACGAAAACCACAACACCCUCAAUACAGCUCAGGAUGAGUUGGUGACAUUUAGUGAGGAACUAGCCCAGCUUUACCACCAUGUGUGUCUAUGUAAUAAUGAAACUCCCAAUAGAGUCAUGUUGGACUACUAUAGACAAAGCAGAGUUACUCGAAGUGGCAGCCUCAAGGGGCCUGAUGAUCCCAGAGGGCUUUUGUCACCAAGAUUAUCCAGGAGGGGUGUUUCAUCCCCUGUAGAAUCAAGGACAUCAUCCGAGCCGGUUUCAAAGGAAAACACAGAGACUAGUAAAGAGCCAAGUCCAACUAAGACUCCCACAAUCUCUCCUGUUAUUACUGCCCCACCAUCAUCUCCAGUUUUGGAUACAAGUGAUAUCCGCAAAGAGCCAAUGAAUAUCUACAACCUCAAUGCCAUAAUUCGGGACCAAAUCAAGCAUCUGCAGAAAGCAGUGGACAGGUCCUUACAGCUGUCUCGUCAAAGAGCAGCAGCCCGAGAGUUGGCCCCCAUGAUCGAUAAGGACAAGGAAGCCUUAAUGGAGGAGAUUCUCAAGCUGAAGUCCUUGCUGAGCACCAAACGGGAGCAAAUUGCCACACUGAGGGCAGUGUUGAAAGCCAAUAAGCAGACAGCCGAAGUGGCUUUAGCUAACCUGAAGAACAAAUAUGAAAAUGAAAAAGCAAUGGUUACUGAAACAAUGACAAAACUGAGGAACGAGCUAAAGGCUUUGAAAGAAGAUGCUGCAACCUUCUCAUCCCUGAGAGCAAUGUUUGCAACAAGAUGUGAUGAAUAUGUCACACAGUUGGAUGAGAUGCAGAGACAGUUAGCAGCUGCAGAAGACGAGAAGAAGACUCUAAACACUUUAUUACGAAUGGCUAUCCAGCAAAAGCUUGCCCUGACACAGAGGCUGGAGGACUUAGAGUUUGACCAUGAGCAGUCCCGACGCAGCAAAGGCAAACUUGGAAAGAGCAAGAUCGGCAGCCCUAAAGUAAGUGGGGAGGCGCCAGCCACCGUGCCUACCAUAGACACUUACCUCCUGCAUAGUCAGGGCCCACAGAUCCCUACCAUUCGGGUCAGCAGUGGCACUCAGAGGAAAAGACAAUUUUCACCUUCCCUUUGUGAUCAGAGUCGUCCCAGGACUUCAGGGGCUUCCUACCUACAGAAUUUAUUAAGCGUUCCCCCUGAUCCCACCUCCACAGAAUCAUUUCUUCUGAAGGGUUCCCCUUCCAUGAGUGAACUCAUCCAAGGGCAUCGGCUCAGCAAGGAAAAAAGGUUAACCGUGGCUCCACCAGAUUGUCAGCAGCCUGCUGCCUCCGUACCGCCACAGUGCUCACAACUAGCUGGGAGGCAAGACUACCCAACUGUCAGUCCGGACAUUGCCCUCAGUAAGGAGCAGCCACAUUCCAGCUCACAGUGUGCACCUCUCCAUUGUCUCGCCAAGCCUCCUUACCCCUAGUCUUCAUCUCUCACGGAUGAAUAUCUGGGCUGAAGGCCACAGUGAGGGCGCUAAGAUCUAGCAGGUGUUUUCUUCUUGGAUGUUAGAUGUACAUGUGGAUUCCAGUCCAUCAUUUUUGAAGAGAAAAGAGAGUUCAGAAGAAUAAAAUGAUACAUAAACCCUCGUGUGAUCAAUCAUGGUUACCCUGAAUCACAGAUGACCUGCAAUCAAAUGGCAACAGUUCACUUGAAACUGAAAUGAGACAUGUAUUUCAGAUAGCUGGCUUCACCUCCAUUGCAUAAAAUAGAUCCAAGACAUGUAAAAUAGAUAUGCUGUAAAUCAUCUUUCCCUAUUCUCCAAAGUCAGCUAUAGAUGUUGAUUCUAAUAUUUUUCAUUGAUACUUAUUUUAUAUUUUAUUUGCUGUAUGGUUUAUGUUUAUAAAGAUAAUUUCCGUAAGCAGAAUUUAUUUAUUUUUAAAGAGUCAUAGUUUAUUCAGUUAUUUAAAGUUUUAAUUUAGUUUAAAAUCUGAAACUGGCCAGAUUUUGGUCCUUUUUCUUGCAGAAAAUUACAAAUGAGGUGCAUCAGAAUGUUAACAACAACUAUUUUGCUGCUACAUGAAUAUUCUUUAUGCAGUUUUUUUCUAAUCAGUAACUCAUUGUCAGUAAUUUUUUUUAACUAGAGUUCUUCACUAAACAUUUAUUAAGUAAAUCUAAGAAAGAGGCAAAGCUAUGAUUCAUUGACUUAAUCAAGGUUCGAGGGUAUCUUUAAUUUUUUAAAAUUGCAGUUGAGUAGAUAGAUAUAUUGGUGCUGCUCCUGUGCGUGCAUGCGUGUGUGUGUGUGUGUGUGUGUGUGUGUGUGUGUGUGUGUGUGUUCGUAUUAAAGAAGGUCAAAUUACUUGAAGGAAAGAAAUGGUGUGCUUAUUUAAUGACCACAAAUUUUUUAAACUUUUCCAAAUUUAGGGUCUUACUAUGGGUUUCCCACUAAAAGGGAUCACAAUAAAUGCAAAAAUAUAUACAUAUAAAACUGUACGGUAGCCUUGGCUAGCUAAUUUAUGCAGAAAGUGUAUGUUUUGUUGUUUGUUUUCUUUUUCCACAAUGAAUCUUCCUUGCCAAAAAAAAAAAUAGAUAGUAAACCUUAGCUCAUUGUCUACUUUUAACAAACACACAGGUGCCUACAGUCAUAUUAUAUUGAGAUAAGACAUGUUCCUACUUAAUUUACAGAUUGUGCUAGGUAAUUUUAUGACUUUAUUUAAGGCAUAGAAUUUCAUAGAAAAAUUUAGUUUUUGCAUUAUUGAGAAAACAAGGACAACAGCUAAUAGAGCUGUAAGGUCUAACUUGGAUUCCUCGGUUCUCAAGUGCUGCCCACAUAAUUGCGCCUAACCCUGACUCCUUGUCUUUGUCAGGUAGCCUUAACUUACAUAAAACCAUAAAGGUUUUAUUUUUUCAUGUAACAGUAUCUUUAACUUCUCUUCAACACAGAACUAGUCCUCACAGUUAGCAAAAAGAUGACUAGUGUUGUAGGACACCAACAAUGGCGGUUUCAGAGCUACCAGCUGUGGAGGGGAAGAUGUGGCAGUUUGUGGGGUGGUCAACCUAAGGUCAGCUGUCAGCCACAAAACACAUUGCAGAAAUGUUUUUUGUUGUUGUUGUUGUUAUGUUCCUGUUGAAUACCAGUCAUAGUUACCAAAGCAACCCAAAGAUUUUUGUUCUUUAUCAGAUUAAUAAUAGACUCUGUGGAACCUCUCAUCAAUCAGAAUCCCCACAUAGUUGUCCCACCAGUUGCUUGGCUGUUCCUCCACAUUUUCCUCAUUUAUUGGUGUUAAGUUUACCGGGUGCCAAUAUUAGUAGACAGUACAGAUUUUUGUCAGAGUUCAAUUAAAGACAACUUCUUCCCUUUUUUCUUUUUCUUUUUCCCCAUUGCUAAUCAUGAUUUGAAAUCCAAGAAGUGUCAGUUACCAAGUCAGUUUUGUACCUGAGGAAAUAGUUACCUCAGAACAAGUUGUGUCUUUGGGCUGGGAACUCCACGGUGGAUCUCGUCUCUGUGUAACCACUGUUGGCAUAGCUGUGUAUAGAGUUGACUUUUUCCAAUAUGAAAUUUAUCACUGUCUGUUGUAAACUAUUUUUAUUUUAGUUGUUUAUUUGAAUAUAGUGAAAAUUUUUGUUUUGAACUAUUAAGUCUAUAAAAUAUUAAUUUUAACAGAACUUUAAUAAGAAGAUAUAGAAAUUUUGAAACAGAUUUCUCAUUUUCAGCACAAAAGUAGAUAAUAAUUGUUAAGCAGUAAGAGACUAUCAUGUAUGUAUGUAGUUACAUCAUUUGAUGCAGUUUAAACUCAGCUGUAUUUAUCUUUAUUUAUUUACAGACCCUUUCAAUGAAUAAAUGUAGAGUGCUGAUAAAAAUGAGUACCUAUAAAGAUAAUAUUGGAUGUAAACAGUGAAAACUGGUGAAACAAACACGAAUCUUUGAUAUUAAAAUAUAAACUAUAGAAAUUCUACAAAUGCUAAUUGUUGUAGACAUUUUGAACAAAGGUGGGAGAUGUUUAAGAUCAGUUAUCAAAGUAACCAACUACUGCUAUAAAAUUUCAUUACAUUGUAGUGUAUGCAUGUGUGUGUGUGUGUGUGCGCGCUCACGCUCACCCAAAACUACUGCUAUAAAAUUUCCUUACAUUGUAGUGUGCAUGUGUGUGCGUACACAUGCACACACAGAUAUACACACACACUGUCCACAGCAUGUGUGGGAAAGUCAGAGGAAAACCUACAGAAGUUGCUUCUCUCCCACAACUAUAUGGAUCCCAGGGAUUGAACGUAGAUUAUCAGGCCUAGUGGCAAACAUCUUUACCUGUUGAGCCAUAUGAUUGGUUCCCACUUUUUUUUUUUAAAUGUAAGCACAAUUACAAAGCUGACUAGAUGAACUAGUAUGCAGAAAUGCUUUCUCACUACGGAUUUUCAUUAAAGCAUAAUAGUAAAAUAAAAAGAAGCAAUAAAUUGCUUUUGGCCUAAGUGCUUAGGAGCAUGAACAAAACUUUGGAUGUAUAAACCUUUUGCAUAUCUAAUCCUGGAUUUAAAAGAAGGAAGAGGAGGAAAAAUGAAUUUUGAAAACUUCUAGAGAAUAUAAAUCUAUAAAGGAAUGAAGAAAAGACUUAUUUGGAAAUUAUACUUUAUAUUUGCCUAAAGGAGAGGAGGUACAAUAAUGAAAUCCAACAAAAAUAACUUAACAAAUGACAGAGAGUAGCUACAGAGUCCAGAAGACUAAGUGAGGAGGGUUGCUAUUACCUGUAGGAAAGAGCUAUUUUAAAGUGGAAAAUUAAUCACUGGAUAGUUAAAAAGAUUUGUUUUUAAAAACUGGAAUGCUACUGGUAGUCUUGUAAGUAUAGACAAUUUACAAUAAUAUAUAAUCCUAGGAGUCCACAAUUAUAUGAUUCUUUUGUUUUAAAAUUUAAAAUAUAUUGGAUUUUUACUGAUUGGUCAUGGAAUAUUUUUACUUUUAAACUAGAGUAACCAUCUUAAUUUUCUAAGAUAUUUAUUAUUUUUAAAAGAAUUUCUUGAAAGUUAACUGAAAUGUAGCAAUUUCAUUUAAAGAAGCUUCAGUGUCAGAAACUAAAAUACAAAUAUACCCAAGAAAACUUCAUAAAUAUUCAAUCUCGUAGAGGAGACAAAUACUUUUAAAUUUUUAUUUACUCACAAAGAUCUUCUAUCUUUAACAUUUGCUUUAUCUAUGCUGUAAAACAUGUUUUAUACAGAUAAGCCCUUCUCUAUUAGGUAAGCAUGAACAAUUGGUCUAUUAAACCAGCUAAGAAUGUGGAUGUUCCCUCAUAUACUAUAUUGAAUAAAAUCCUUUCCAGUAACCAAGCACAGGUUACAAAUAAUUAUAUGAAUAAAUCAAAUAUAUUUUCUAUUGUGAUAAAUGUCAACUUUUAUUGUAUAAGUCAGACAAAAGAUUUAAUCUUUCUUACAACGGAGUCAGUGGGCAGAAGUAAGGAGUAACUCGGCCAUGGGGCAUUUGCUGGACCUGUAGCACCCACUGGACUACAAAGCAAACAACAAAACAAACACUGAUAUUUCUCUGAAUAAAAUCCUGUUCAUUCAAUCCAAAGACAUCACAAAUGAAUUAAUAUUGUACAUAUAAUGAAAUUUGUAAAACCCACAAUGUUUAAAACGAUUGUAUUAAAUAAAUCAGAGUGAUUUAAAAUAAUUUUGCAUUAAGUCUGCAAAAUUUACAACUUUUCAAAUAAAGCAGAAAGCUACUGAACUGAAAUCAUGCUAUUCAGCAUGGCCAAUGCCAAGGUUGAAAAGAACUCACUUCAAAAUCAGUAUCCCAGCUCCUGAGUUACCAUAGCCGUUUUCUGUAAUAAUAACCCAAGAUGAGUUUUUGAAAAUAAACUUAUCUUUAUUUAAAUGUUCUUUUAACCACCAUACUCUCUAAUAUCUUGUAGCCUGUUUUUUUUUUAUUUUAAUAUCUAAAAGAUUUCAAGUAAAAUAUCACUUUUAUUACUCAGGAUAUAAAUUAAUGAGACAAUUGGUAUUGAAAUUAAAAAUGUUCUUAGAUUUGAGAUUUUUCAGAAAUGACAAUCUGUUUAUGAGGAGCAAGCACUUGACCUCUAUUAGUGUAAAGCAAGAGUGUAAGAUGUUUGCAUGAAAUAUUUCACAUCCUGUAGGCUUUCCCAUAUCCACAGCAUUGACUCCAUACUUGUACGAUCUUCUUACUUGUAUGACCUUGCCAUUAGGGGUGAAGGAGGCUGUUACACACACUGGGUCUCCUUUCCAUACUGAGGUGCAUGGCUUUAUCCCUCAAGUUUAUUUUUACAUCUCUCAGAUGGAGUCAUUUAAUAACCUGCCACAUUUGAACUGAAGCUUAAAUGACCUGCUGAUUCAGAUAAUUUCUGGCCUUGGAGUUUGAUUGCUCUACAUUUGCUGAGACUUUAUUUUUGUUUUAACUUCUGUACAUAGUCUCUGCUCAGUAUACCUCUCUAGUGGGACCAUUGAGGAGUAAAUUUGAUGCUUGUUAAUGUGGAUAUAUGGGUUUGUUUUUUUUUUCCAAAAAAGUAAUUUUUUACAUUUUAUUUUAUUUAUUUAUUUAGUUCUUAGACAGAGUUUCUCUGCAUAGCCCUGGCUGUCCUGAACUCACUCUGUAGACCAGGCUGGCCUCAAAUUCGCAGAGAUCCACCUGCCUCUCAAAAAAAGUCUUUAUCAGAGAACUAGGAAGUUAAGGGAAGUGGCACUGCUGUGUUGACAAAUCGUUAUCUUGCAAGGGAGAAACAGAAGGAAUCACUGGGUUCAUAGCUAUGACUAUGUGUCAUAUCAGAGGAAAUGCUUUUUAAUGUUAUUGCCACAGAACUUUUAAGCUCAAUGGUUUGACUGUUAGAGUCAAUUAAACAAUUUUUGAAAAUAUUUUAUGACUUUUUUUGUAAUAUAUCCAGUGUCUUUAUUUGCAUGGCUAUGCAUAUAUGAGAUGUGAUUCUGAUGUUGUGCUUCUUUCCCAUGUUAAAUUUGUGUUAUGUGUGGUCAAACCUAAUUUCUACACUGUAUGAUUAUUCUUGUAAUGAUUCAGUUCUUCCUACCUUUUAUUAUUAUGCCUUCGGGGCAUAAACAAUGUGAAGUGUUUCUAUCUAAAAAUAAUACCAUGAAAACAUGACCGAAAGACUAAGAAAUGCCUUUCUUGCUAAUUAUUUUUGAAAUUCAAACAUCAGAGACAUUAUCAAAGACACAUGCAUUUAAGUACAGAAAGUUCUUAUAAAUUUAUUGUUUGCUGACCUUUUUACUUUUUGGUAGAUAAUCUCAAAUGAAUCUCUCACAGGAGAAUCCAUAUGUCAUAUGCUUGUUUCUGUGCACUCAAUAUUUGUGAAAGGCACCCCAUUGCUAAUGAAAUAGCUAGAUACUAUUAAUUAUUACCUUGGUUAAUCUUACCAACUGACCAUACUGUAUUGCAAAUUUUUUUCCAGUAAAUAAACUGCUUAUCUUUUGUUUAAUUCAUCAAUGCUAAAUUUUUAUUAGUUUACAAUUUUUCUGUAUGCCACUUUUGUUUAUACCUACGACAAAUAAAAAGUAUAGUAAUCACUAUAUGAUUAUAUUUUUUAUCCAAUAUAAGAUCUUAUUUAAACUAAAAACAUAAUGCCUUAACAUUUCUGCAUAUUCCUGUGAUGCAUUUCAACUUUAUUUUCCAUUUUCCAAACUCGUAAUCUUUCCUUAAAGUGUAUUUUGGCAGGAAAAUGCACUUAGCUAAAUUAAACUAGGAAUGUAUUAAUACAGGAAACACUUUUAAUGAGAGGAAAAUGACACUUUAUUAUGGAAGUGGUUCCUUCUUUCUUUUACAUAGGAAAGAACUUAAGCCAGCAGACCUGAGGGAGGUCACUUCUACUGGACCCUCCUACAAUAUAAAUCAUCGAUUUUGAUUGUUUCAUUUUACAGUGGUGCAGGGUUGAGGAUGAAAGAGAUGUAUGGGUUUAUGUGAUGCGCUAAUGGACAAAAAUGAAACCCUUAUUACUGAUCACAUCUAUGGGCCUGGUUAAAGUUGCCUCUUCAUCUUUGGCACAGAAAACAUUAAAAAUAAAGUGUCUUAAAAAUCA